UAUAACUUUUAUCCUUUUGGCACACUUUUUACAAAAAAAUACAUUAAUCUUUAUUUUAUCCCGAGUUGGCCUUUAACCCCAACUCCCCUCCCUUUCAAAGUUUUCAUGGAAAUUUGGAAUUUUUAACUUGAAAAGAUCCCUAAGUACAUUGUCAAAAUUGAUGAGCAAUUUCCAGUUCAUUCCUUCACCUUUCGACAAGUGUUGGUGCUGAAGAAGAUACGACCUAAAUCAGAGGGUUUGUUAGUAUGGCAUUUUAAUCUGUCAUUUGUUUAUCUUAAUCUGAAAGUUGCAGACUCGUACCCAGUCGUUAUUUGCUGUUGCGGGGACAUCCUGUUUGUUGUAUUCAAGCUAGCAUGUACCACUAGGUUGUUUUUGUUGAUCUACUAAUAGCAAUUACGAAUCUGUCAAAACAUACAAAUAGGUGAGUGCCUGAGACGCGAAAAACAUCUAACACAACCGCUGGCUUUACCUAUGAUCGAAACUGCGAUAGAUUUAAAAUAAUCAGUGCGGCCACAGGGCAUCUUCGUAUCUUUAAGACUUUUACAGAGAAACGCACACUGGCAUCAUGUCUGGACAGCUCAACGUUUUCUUUAUGAUGUUAGCUCUUUUCAACCUCGCAGCAUCUCAACCUAUGUCGGACCCGAGAAAACGAAGUGUACCCAUCAGCAAGAGACAAGAAAUCGCCCCACACAUCAUGGCAAACCCUCCUAUCACCCCCUCGCUACUCCCAUCCGCUAAUGACGUCACGCUUAUGCCUAACGGGAUUCCCGCGAGUUACGGGUCUGUCAUACACAAUCUCUUCAGACAGCACCCCAAUGGCUUCCAUGGCGCUAAUCUACCGCAUGGGUACUUUGGAAGGCCCCGCCUGGGACCUCAUUACGGACCCCAUGUGGGAGCACAAAUUGGACCUUAUUUUGGGGAUGUAGAGAGAAACCAAUUUACUGGUCCAUUGGGCGGUGUCCUUGGGUCCCGUUUUCCUUAUGUACAUCAUCAUUUCGGUUACCAACGCAGCCCGGCAUUCCUUAUGAAUGGCCUACGCGCUGGCGAACUGGAUUACCCUUACAGAAAAAGAUUGUAUCAUUUUGGCAUUUAUGGCGAAAACACGCCCGAGAUAAUGUUCAUGGGUGAAAAACCCCACUACCCUUAUCCUCUACAUGAUUUUCAUCCCUUCCCUUCUCUGCUGUACGCGCGUCUACUAGGAGCUCGAAGGCGUUACUUCCAGCAUCACGCACUUAGUCACGCUAUGGACGUCUACCUGCACGGACCAAGUCACGCAACGUGGGAUUACUGAGUCACGCGAGUGAUUUCUACCUGCACGGAUCAAGUCACGUAACACCAAGUCACGCAAAGUGAGAUUAUUUAGACACGCCAGCGAUAUCUACCUGCACGGAUCAAGUCACGCAACACCAAGUCACGCAAAGUGGGGUCACACUCCUUCCUCCCUCCAGUCGUCACUGAACGACUAUGUGACAUAGGUCCUAAAAAUCGCCAUUUCAUUCAUGGGAUUUUUUUGUUUUUUUUUCGAAAAAUUCCUUGAAUAUACGAAUGAGUUUUCCUAUAUAAAAAUGCAAAAUAACAAGGAAAAAAAUUUAGACGCGUACACAUCAGCCAGAAUUGUCAGAAAGGGCGUGACGGCCGCAGCCAUGUGUUUUGAGUUGCCACUCAAAAAGUGGAAAGAUGGAGACAAAGAAAGGCUUCUAGAGAGGCACAAAAAUGCACGGUAAACAACACGCUCUCGCCUGAUGUUUCACCUGAGAACCCUCCUACAGCAACUGCAGCUAAGGCGCUAGGGAGGGUUUAAAAAAUACCCUUAGGGGGAGAUUUUAACUCACAAGAAAACACUGCUGCAUUACACCAGUGUAGUAAAAAAUGUGACUUAUAGUGACAUACUUAUAGUAUGUCACGCUGUACACUCCUAGUGAUGGCCUUCUAGUUUAACAAACGCUGUUGUAAAUAAAGCGAUCAAACAAGAGAAGAGAA